CAGAAACCUUCGCAAAAUGUUAGAUACAGUUCGUACGCAAAUAACAAACAGAAAGCUCGGCGAAGAUUUUUCUCAAUACAUCGAAAACAUAAAACGUACUUGUAACGAAGUCGAAGAUUGGCUUCAAACGAGCCAUAAAACCAUCACUGUAGAAGAACUAGAAUCAAAAAUUAUUGAAGUGGAGGUGACUCUUAAAAACUUGUGGUGUGGAUUAAAACAAGAAAUACAGGCCAUUGAAGCAGAAAAGGAGGAGCAAGCAAAAAAAGAAAGGAAGCUGACCGAGGCUCGUGAUAAUCUCAUAAAGUAUCUAAAUUCAAUUCGUCAGAUGUGUGAAUCAGAACAAAUUGCUGGAACUGAAUAUCCAGAUAGGCUGAACGCCUUACACAAUGAAACUGUAAAAUGGCUUCAAUCUGAAGAGAUAUCAGCAGAAUCGAUCCAAGCUGAGCAUGAAAGGUUGCAAGCUACUGUGCAAGAAAUCAAACAAAGUAUAAGCAAAAUGAAACAGAAAAAAGAAGCAGAAGCAAUUCUUCGACAAAAAGCAUUCGACGAUCUAUGUAAAUACAUCGACGAAGUUCAAACAAAGAUCGCAACUGAAGAGAAAAAUGACGAGUUCACAAGUCCGCAUAUCAAUAUGAUUACAAAAAGCUGCGAAAUAGUAUUGGAGUGGGUCAAAAAACAUUAUACAGAAGAAAUGUUUCGACAGCAAGCCCGAACUGCUGUACACGAUUACAUUGAUGAUGUUUGUAAUAUUCUGGAAGCUGAAAGGGAAACAGACAAAACAAUUGUCCAGUGCAUUGAUACAAUAUACAAGCAUUGCACGAAUGUAUUCAAAUGGAUCAAUGAAAAUUAUCAUCAAAUCCCUGACGAAAGAAUUUUAUCAGAAUUUGAUAAAUUACAGAAAACUGUCAAUGAUAUUUUUAAUGCGUUACGGGCAAGGAAAAAAGAGGUCGAAGCUGAACGUGAACGACAGCGAGAAAAAACGAUUAGAAAACAAGCAGAAGUAAUCAACAAUCUCCGAGCAUACAUUUCUGAUGUCAGAUCGCUGGUUGUAUUUAAACAGUUCAAUAACAGAUUGACUGAAGUAGAUUUGAGAUUAAUAUUUGGCCAAUGUGACAUUGCAGAAAGACAUAUCAAGGAAAAUUCAGAUAUGAACCAACUAGAAGUCCAAUAUUCAGAUCUACGUAAACUGACUGAACAUGUGUACAAAAAGUUGGAACGAAUUGACACGAUAGAACAAGCUGAGUUAACAAGGAGACCCUGCGAAGAGCGCAGAACGAAAACUGAAAUGCGUCAAAAACUAAAGAAUUACAUCGACCGUGUCCAACGUCUUACAGUGUUUGAGCCUCUCACGCAUAGAUUGACAAAGAACGAUAAAUCUAGAAUUCAAUCUAAAAUCAUUAAAGCAAAUCACGUCUUAAUUGCGGAAAACUUGACUUCCACUGAAAUAGAAAGAAACUACAAAGAAUUGGAUGAAAUUAUUCAAAGUAUUCACAAAGAAUUGAAAAAAAGGAAAGAGAAAGAAACAAAGGAACCGCAAGAAAAAGAUAAACGUGUUACCCCAACCAAAUGGAUAGCUGUGCUUUGCAGGGUAACGAAGGAAAUAAUGGAAAAUAUGAAACAAGUGCAAUUGAAAAUGACAAUUUCGGAGAAAACCAGGUUGCAAGAACUCUGUAAAGACACAGAAGAGUGGUGUGAAAACAAUUCAUAUGCAGAAGAGCGUGAUGUUGAAUUGAAACGCAGAAAACUGGAAGAGCUGUGGAACAUUACACUUCAGAAGAUAGAGACAAGAGAAAUAAAUGUCGACGUUGAAAGAUCACGUAAUCCAAGAUAUCUACUGCAACCAGAAGAUAGCAAAUCAGCUCUUAUAAAAUUGGCCCUACUUGCUAGAGGAAAAGUACACAGCCAUAUUUACAAAACCCAAAUUCCGGAUUCCGACAGAAACAAAAUAAUAUCCAAGUACAAUGAAGUCCUCAAAAGAGCAUGGACCAAAGAGAAGGCGGAAAUAGAACUAAUGGAAUUCAAGCAACUUUGCAUAAAGGUUUUCAAAACAGUUGACGAAAAGGUUGACCCUCAACACAUGGACAUUGAAAGACGCUGGUACUACUGAACAGGAAUGACAACAAAAUUGAAUAAUUCGGCUUUGUAUUAUCUUGCUAACUUCAGAGAAAUAACUAAUAUUCAUACCAUUCAUAUAUUUCAUCUAUGAUUGUUUCAGUUCCUAUAUAUCUAUAUAUAUAUAUAUAUAUAUAUAUACUCACUAAAAUUCUAGUAUAA